UGUUACUACAUAGAGUCAUACAAGUCACUCAAGAAAUAUAUCACCAGGGCCCAUUAUCACCAUGACAUCGACCAUUUAUCUGAUAACAGGAGCAAGUCGAGGGAUCGGCCACGGCCUUGCCAAAACCCUCGUCUUGCGUCCCAAUUGCACCGUCAUCGCCGCCGUGCGCGAUCCCUCUGCCGAUGCAGCGCAAACGCUCCUCGCCCUCCCCGCCGGCGAAGGAUCCCGCCUCCUCCUAGUCAAGAUCGACGCUCAAUCGGACACCGACGCCCACGAAGCCAUCCGAUACCUUCAAGAGGCGGAGAACAUCCACCACCUUGACGUCGUGAUUGCCAAUGCGGGCUACUACGAUGACGACUACCGGUUGGAAGACGUCCCGCUGUCCAAAGUCCAGCGCCACCUGGACGUCAACACCGUCGGCAUACUCCGUCUCUUCCAGGCGGUUUUCAAGCUGCUGGGCGAAAGUUCCCAGCAGCAACACCAACCAAAGUUCGUGACGAUCAGCAGUUUUAUGGGCAGCAUUGCGGGGCUGGAUGAGGAGUACUUUCCCGGUGGUGGCUAUGGCGCCAGUAAGGCGGCGGCGAAUUGGAUCACGAGGAAGAUUCAUGUGGAGAAUCCGAGUUUCGUGAGCUUUAUGAUUCAUCCGGGAUUCGUCAAGACCGCCAUGGGCAAUGCUGCUGCCAAGAGUAUUGGACUGGACUCUGCGUUUAGUGAGGUCGAUGAAUGUGCGGACGGAAUAGUCAAGCUGAUCGAUGGUGCAACAAGAGAGUCUGUUGGUGGUCGUUUUGUUACUGUUAAGGGCCAGGAUGUGGCUUUCUAAUAGCAAUUGGUUAGGUAUGGAAGAGGGUUACUCUGGGUUGGUUGUUGACUUGUGGAUUGUGGAUUGCGGAUAGUCUAUAUGGAAAUAGAAAUAGACAAAUAUAGAUUAGGAGGACUAUGUCCACGUUAC